CACGUAUAUAAAAUUUCAUGCUCAUUGGGAUUUAUAAAAGGAAUGUGCUGACGCACAGUUUUUUGCAUAUGGAUUUGUUCUUGCGUACGCACAUUCCUAGUUUUAUCUGUACGCCAUGUUUUAGUGUGAAUGCCCUUACAGGAUACAGCUGCCACAUGCUCUGAGGUUGCCUGAUGGAGAGCUGUAGCUUGGUGGAAUGCCUUUACGGGAUACAGCUGCCACAUGCCCUGAGGUUGCCUGAUGGGGAGCUGUAGCUUGGUGGAAUGCCUUUACGGGAUACAGCUGCCACAUGCUCUGAGGUUGCCUGAAUUACCUACAGAGAAACUGAAACUUGCCUUUGGCACCUUGUAGACCAAAAGGCGCCUUAUCAAAACUCAAUGUUGGUAUAUGCAGGCUGUGAAUUUUCUGGGAAGUUCCGCUUUGUCAAUCAGGUAGUUGAAAAGCAGCGGUGCCCUUUAGGGAACUGUCAACAAUUUUGCCCAAGCUCUUGACUUGUUUUUCUGUCACCACUGGAAUCAGGGUCUAUCCCAGGGUAAAGGGGAACCGAUCGGCUAUUCCUCCCUUUUUCAGGGCCGGGAACCAGGACUUAGCUGGUUUAAAACUAAUCCUCACCCCUGAGAUGAGUCACUCCAGCCCUUGAAGGAGCCAUCUGCACCCAGGAACAGAUGUACACAUACAUACAUUCUCAGUAUAACCGGUCUCUCCUCCCUGUCUGCCAUUUACAUAAUCUCUAUCUGCAACAUGAAAAUGUAGGAUUUUAGCUUGUUUGGGGAAAAAAAACAAUGUCGAUAACAGCUAUACUCAUAAAAGCUGGGGGCAGACUUACCAUAAGGGAAGAGUAGGCAGCCUUGAAAACUAGGACCCCAUGAAGACUGAAUUUCCAGAUGUUACAUUUAACAAUAUAACAUGAUCUGAUUAUGUAAAUGACAGUAACAUGCAUGUUAUUUACGUUUUUAGUGAGUUUUCAGGAUAGACAAAGUUGCCCUUGUCCCAGUUGUAAUGGAUUGCUGUACUUUGCGCUACCCAGCUUUCUUUUACCACUGGAGUCCACUGAUUGUUCACUGCCAAGGAAACUGGUAUAAAGUAGCCUAACAAGAGGAAAAUGGCACAAAGAUACAAGACUAACAUUAGACUAACAAGACUAACACUCUGACAGUCUGGCCUCAGGCCAAAACCACACCUACUGCAGCCUGAGAAGCAGGAAGUUCCUCCCACUGUCACACACAGACGAGUAUGAGAGAAAACAACACUGUGUUCAUCGUAAAAUGGCACGAGCCAGCUCCGCACUGGAUCCAAACCAGUUUGGCUGUGCAAUCUGUCUGGAUUUACUGAAAGAUCCCGUGACUAUUCCCUGUGGACACAAUUACUGUAUGUGCUGCAUUAAGAGCUGCUGGAAACAGAAGAAUCGUGCUGGAGUUUACAGCUGCCCCCAGUGCAGACAUACCUUCACAUACAGGCCUGUUCUGGGCAGAAACACCAUACUGGCUGAAGUGGUGGAGAAACUGAAGAAGACUGGACUACAAGCAGCUACUCCUACUGACCAGUAUGCUGGACCUGGAGAUGUGGAGUGUGAUUUCUGUACUGGGAGAAAACACAAAGCUGUCAAGUCCUGCCUGGUGUGUCUGGCCUCUUACUGUAAAACUCACCUCCAGCCUCACUAUGAGUCUCCAGCUUUUAAGAAGCACAAGCUGACUGAUGCCACUGGACAUCUGCAGGACAAGGUCUGUUCCCACCAUGACAGACCGCUGGAGAUCUACUGCCGUACCGACCAGCAGUGUAUCUGCCUGCUGUGUGUGAUGUAUGAACACAGAGGCCAUGAUACAGUCUCAGCUGCUGCAGGAUGGGCGGAGAUACAGAAACAAACAGAGGAAACAGAGAUAUACUUUCAGCAGAGAAUUCAGAUGAGAGAGAAGGAGCUGCAGGAGCUGAGACAGGCUGUGGGCUCAAUCACAAGAUCAGCACAGUCAGCAGUACAGGACAGCGAGAGGAUCUUCACUGAGAUGAUCCGCUCCAUUGAGAGACGACGCUCUCAGGUGAAAAAGCUAAUCAGAGAUCAGGAGAAGGCUGUAGUGAGCCAGAUUGAAAAAGACAUGGAGAGACUGAAGCAGGAUAUUGAUGAACUGAAGAGGAGACACUCUGAGCUGGAGCAGCUUUCACACACAGAGGAUCACAUCCAUUUCCUCCAGAGGUACCAAGGUCUUCCUGUCACCCCUGAGGCUGGAUUUGGACCCAGAAUCUCCGUCAGUCCACGCUGCUCUUUUGAGAACAUGAGGAAGGUGGUUUCUGAGCUGAAGGAUCAACUAGAGAAUGUUUGCAAAAAGAAAAUGACAGAGAUCCAUCAUACAGUUACCAAAGACACCGUCCUACCAGUAUUAGUGCCCACGACCAGAGCAGAAUUCUUACAAUAUUCCUGUCAGCUCACUCUGGACCCCAACACAGCAAACAGAAACCUUCAUCUGUCUGAGGGGAACAGAUUGGUGACAUGGAAGACAGAGAUACAGUCAUAUCCUGAUCACCAGGAGAGGUUUGACUCAUGGUUCCAAGUCCUGUGCACAGAGGGUCUGACUGGGCGAUGCUACUGGGAGGUUGAGUGGAGCGGGAUCGUGGUCGGUAUAGCCGUCACAUAUAAAGGGAUCAGCAGGAAAGGAAGGGGUGACAACAGCAUACUUGGUUAUAAUGACAAGUCCUGGCGUUUCUACUACAGAUCUUCCAGUUACUAUUUCAUUCACAAUAAUGAGGAAACUGCAGUAUCUGGUCCCCCCUCCUCCAGGAUAGGAGUGUACCUGGAUCAUAGGGCUGGAACUCUGUCCUUCUACAGCAUCUCUGACACAGUGACCCCCCUGCACAGGGUCCAGACCACGUUCACUGAGCCCCUCUAUCCUGCGUUUGUGCUUUGGAGCAGUACAGCUAAACUGUGCUGACUAUGUUAACAGGUUGUUAAAAGUGUCUCAAAAAUACUAAAUAAUUAAAACUAGACAACAUGGCAAAGUGGCAGUGAAAUGUUUGCUGCCAGCUCUGUGAAAUAUAGAAUGGAUCUUCAUUUUAUCCCAGUGAACCAUCAAACCACACCAUUAGGGUGCAGUAGGGUGGAGGAAACCCCACACCGACAUGGGCUGAACAUUCAAACUCCACACAUACACAGCCUGGGGUGGAAACUGUGGGGGGAAAUCAGAGUUCCUGGAGGAAUCCCCAUACCGACAUGGGGAGAAUUUGCAAACUCUACACUCAUGGAACCCUGGAAGAGACUUAAACCCAGGUCCCACAGGUGUGAGGUGACAGUGCUAACCACUGCUCCCCCCCCCCAUUAUUAUCAUUAUUAUUAUUAAUAAUAAUAGUAAUAACAACAACAACAACAAUAAUAAUAAUAAUAAUAAUAAUAAUAUCAUCAUUAUUAUUAUUCACUACAUUCAUUCAUUCAAUCACAUAUUAAUAAGUUAAAAAGAUUUUCACCAUAACUGAGUGCUACAAAUCAAAUAAAGAGUAAUGAAGUAAUCAGAUUCCAAUCCAGUCCAGCUUUAUUUGUAAAGCACUUUAAAGAUCCUUAAGGACCAAAGUGCUGAAGGGAGGAAUAAAUAAAAGAGAAUAGUUGCAUAAGAAGUAAAAGAGAUUAAAACAUUCAUACACUUAAAAAUGCAAAUGAAAUAAAUUAAAUAAAAACCAAAACAAAUCAAUAAAUGUGAGUAAAAGGCAUCAAUAAAAUAAAUAAAGAAAGAAAAGGCUAAGAUUAAGAUAAAAUUUACUCACAAAGUGUCAAAGUCCAAGGAGGAGAGAUGAGUUUUAAGAAGAGAUUUAAAUAAAAAAGAUUCCAGGAAACAGAAUUGCAUACCUUUAAAUCUGGUUGUAUUUAGUCUGUCACAUGUUGGACAAGGUUAGUGACUCCAAAUACAGAAACAGACUGGAAGACCGGCAAAUGAAGAGGUUAACUGGAACAAACAACAGGAGGCAACAGGGCAACCAGGCUUUGAAGAAACAAGAUGGACAGACUGAGAGAAACCCCUCUUGGCUCUGGGACUUCUCCCAAGGAACCCUCACAGUUCUGGCACUCAAACCCAGACAGGGACCAACAGAAAAGACGAGGACUGACCCUGUAGGACAGACUCAGAACAAACACAACAAGGCAAUUAACAAGGCUGGAGCACAUAAGUGCAGACAUGGGUAGAGGUUCAAUGACUGAAACAGGGUUUCAAGAAACAUUGGGCUUACAGUAAUUAAACAUAGGUGAUUGGUCCAUUGGCUAUAGGUGCACUGCCACAAACUGGCUAUACUGGUCUGAGGAGCAUGGUGGAACUGCUCCAUGGUACCCUCUGCUGGUCAGCCAACUGGUGGCAUGACAAUCAAUUGUGGAAAACGGGGAAACAAUGAUACAUAAAACAUGAAAAUAAAUAUAAAAAUAUAUAUAAAUUAUACUGAUGUCAUAAUGCAUAUCAGUCAUUCAUUGAUAGAAAUAUAAUAUUCAAGACAGUCAAGUCUUAUGAAACAUUUUAAGUAUGUAGUAGGUAGGUAAGAUUUCCUUUAAAUAACAAUGGGUUUAUUCAGUAAAUUGCGCACAAUAAUUCAUUGAAUGAAAUGAAAUGAAUCAAAAGAAAUUCUCUUGUCAAAGAUUUUUUUACAUGGUGAUUAAUUUUUUUGGAGAGAUUAAAACCAGUACAAAUUCCUUCGUGCUUUUGCCGUGUACAGUACCGAGAUGAACAGCUAACGAUGAUUAUUUUAUUGGGAUAAGUUUUUUAAUCUUUUAUGUGUUGUAUCCAGUUUGAAUUUGGAAAACCAGCAAAUUAAUAAAUGUUUUAGCAGUUUA